UCUGUUUUGCCAGUUUAAUUAGGUUAAUUCACGGGAAUUUUCAUAGUGGUUCCCGAUCCGGAUACGUAGGAAAACAAUCCUUUUGGCGCAGUCAUGGCCGUGAAAGCAAUCAACGACGAGGGCCACUUCCAGGCGGAAUUGUCGGCGGCAGGCGGAAAGCUGGUCGUGGUGGACUUUACCGCAACUUGGUGCGGUCCGUGCCGGAACAUUGCCCCGUUGUUCGAGCAGCUGCCGGCCAAGUAUCCGAAGGCGGUGUUCCUCAAGGUCGAUGUGGACAAGUGCGCCGAAACGGCGUCGUCCCAGGGCGUGUCCGCGAUGCCGACGUUCAUCUUCUACCGCGCUAGGACAAAGAUUGACCGGAUGCAGGGAGCGGACAUUAAUGGGCUGGAGCAGAAGAUCCAGAAGCAUUACGUGGCCAGUGCGGACGAAUCCGGCGAGGAUUACGGGCACGGACUGCUCGAUCUGACCACCUUCAUCCAGAAGAACCAGUGCGAGUGCCUGAACGAGGCGGAUGACCACCCGAUGGUCAACGCGUUCACUUCCGGGGCCGGCCAUCUGGCCUCGGACUGCGACGAGCAGCUGAUCCUGUCGAUCACCUUCAACCAGGUGGUGAAGAUCCACUCGAUCAAGUUCAAGGCUCCGCCCACGCACGGCCCCAAGAACGUCAAGCUGUUCAUCAACCAGCCGCGGACGAUCGACUUUGAUCAGGCGGAAUCGCAAGUGUCGGUGCAGGAUCUGGCCGUGGAACCGAAGGACCUCGAGGAGGGAAAGCCCAUCCAGCUGCGGUUCGUCAAGUUCCAGAACGUGCAGAACAUUCAGCUGUUUGUGCGGGACAAUCAGUCGGGCGGGGAGACGACCAUCAUUGACCAGCUGGUGUUUGUCGGAUCGCCGAUUGCGACCACCAAGAUGGACGACUUCCAGCGGGUUGCCGGCAAGAAGGGCGAAAGUCACUGAGAAAGAAGGCAGGAAAAGAGCACGAGCCGGCGCAUGGAGAGCAAGGACGAAACGAUCUUUGGGUUUAUUUCUUUCUUUUUGUAUAACUUAUCUAUAAUAUAACUUUGAGCAGUGUCUGAUAAAAAUAAAUAAA